ACCAUGCCUAGCUGGCGCAGCCAACUUCACGCGAGACGCACCGAAAACAAAAAAACUGAAAAUAAUUGAGGGAAACCCAACAAAAAGCGAGCGAAAAGGACCAUGAACGUAGACCUGCGAUCGUACUCGCGCCACUGGCUCACGGAGUUCAUCGAGCAGUACCAGGAGGAGGAGUGCCUGUGGCAGCCGAAGCACAACGACUACAGCAAUCACGCAGCCCGGAACAAGUCCUACGACCGCCUGGUGGAGAAGCUGAAGGAAGUGGAGCCCAAUCCGGACAGGGCGAUGGUUGUUAGGAAAAUCAACUCCCUACGCUCUGCCUUUCGGCGGGAAUUCCGCAAGACGACCAGCAAAAACGACUACGAAACGCGUCUGUGGUACUACGACAAGCUGCUCUUCAUCGCCGAUCACAAGCCCAAACGCCACGAACUGGGCACCAAGCCCAAGCGGGAGCUCCACAUCAGCUUCGACGACGAGGAGUCCAUGGAGUUCGAGGACGACUCACAUCACACGGGCACCCAGUCGCAGCACAUGGACUCCAUAAUUCCCACAUCCCCGGACGAGGUGGAGGAGGUGGCGACCACGGCCACCAAUGUGGUGGUCAGCAGCCAGGGUGCCACCCUGAGCACCAUUUCGGUGACGCCCGCGGAAUGCGUGACCCUGGUCAAGAGCGAGGAGCAACAGGCAGCCGAGGCGGCGGCUGCAGCAGCCCAGGCGCACCAGCAGCUGGUGGCCCACGCAGCGGCCCAGACUUCCAUAGCGGCGGCGGCGGCUCAGGGACAUGCCGUGAAGGUCCUCGAGAUCACCUCCCUGGAUUCCAACUCCCAGCGCGAGAUACAACAGGCGGUAAACCACUUGGAGCACCACCAACAGCAGUUGCACCUCCAGCAGGCCAAUGGUCAGCACCAGGGAGUGCCCACCAUCCAAAUAGGACGAGAUCACUACCAGCCUUUGUUUGGCAAUGCCGGCACUACUGCCUACACCACCACAGCUCCAACCACCUCGCAUCGGCACGACGACGAGUACGAUGCAAUUGGCGUGAAUGUGGCCAGCAAGCUGCGCUCCAUCAAUCCCACACAGCGAAUCGUGGCCGAGAAGCUGAUAAGCGAUGUUUUAUUCAAUGCCCAGCUGGACAACCUCACCGUCAACUCGGCCCUCACGCAGUAAUCUCCCUCGUCCCUAGGUUAGUUUAUGUAGUCUCUGGCUUUAUCUGUCUGUUUGUCCCAAGCUCCGGUCUGGCCAAGUGUCGCCCGGCCAGUAGCUGAUUGUACCAUACCGUUUGUAUGUAGUUUUAAUUAUUCUAUACAAUAAAUAGAUUGUAUGUCUUAA